AUGUCUGCCCUCCGAUCCAUCCGCAACCUCGCUCCCCUCAUGGACCGCGUGCUUGUCCAGCGCGUCAAGGCCGAGGCCAAGACUGCCAGCGGCAUCUUCCUGCCCGAGUCGAGCGUCGAGAAGCUCAACGAGGCCAAGGUCCUGGCCGUCGGACCCGGUGGUCUGGACCGCGAUGGCAAGCGAAUCCCCAUGGGCGUGGCCGUCGGUGACCGUGUUCUGCUUCCUGCGUUUGGUGGCGCGGCUGUCAAGGCCGGUGAGGAGGAAUACCAGCUGUUCCGUGACAGCGAAAUUCUCGCCAAGAUCAACGAGUAA